AUGGAGUCUACUAAGGUCCCCGUCAAGCUCGCUCGCGUAAGCAUCAUCGCCCAGAGCACAUCACAUUCGGUGCCAUUCGACCAGCACACAUCGACACCUUCAGCCCAGCAGCAGCACACUAUCAUCCGCUACUUCGCCGACCAUUCUGGUGCCGGCGUUUGCCCCACUGUGACGGACAGUCCGACGCUGCGCAUUCACGUAGACUUGCGAUGGAAACGACCAGGAGACAUGACAAAGUUCGGUCAGCGUCAUUUCUGUCAACGCGGCCCAGGAUCGUCGAGCAUGUCCACCAAUCUUCUGGCCUUCCAAUGUGCGGCCCGUCUCGACUGUGUUGUUGUCCUCAUCGAUGUUGGGAUGGGCGUGCGGAUCUCCAAUCAUCUUCGCGCAAUGCACACUUCACGGCCAACAUCAGAUGCACGCGAUUCACCUGCCAAUCUCAUGCGACAACGAAGAGGGCUCACACCAACAAGGCGAAUGAUCACAGCCAACCCCUCAGCACCCGACAUCAGGGCGCAAGAAGGAGGAUCACCAUCCCUAUAUUCAAAACACGACCCGACACCUUUCGACUACAUGACUGCCACCAGUCGGAUUGCUGCUUCGCUUCUCGACAUGCUGCCGUGGGGAAGGACGAUGUGCCGCUCUUCGACCGAGCUCGUUACUAAGGUCCUCGGCCGUACCGGCUCGCGCGGUGGUAUCAUCCAGGUCCGCGUCGAGUUCAUGGACGAGACCCGCCGAUCGAUCAUCCGCAACGUCAAGGGCCCCGUCAAGGUCGACGACAUCCUUGCCCUCCUCGAGUCCGAGCUCUCGCAUCUCUAG